AUGGCCCCCAAGGACACUGAGCUGUACGACCUCCUCGGGGUCUCCCCAGAGGCCACCGACCUCGAGCUCAAGAAGGCAUACCGCAAGCUCGCCAUCAAAUGGCACCCUGACAAGAACCCCUCGCCCGAGGCGGAGGAGAAGUUCAAGGACAUUGGCGAGGCGUACCAGAUCCUGUCCAACCCCGACACGCGCGCGUUCUACGACAAGGUCGGCAAGGCGGGCAUGACCCAGCCCGAGGCCGGCAUGGAGGACCCGCAGGAGAUCUUCUCCAAGCUCUUUGGUGGUGAGGCCUUCCACGACUACAUUGGCGAGAUUUCGCUCGUCAAGGACUUUACCAGCACGAUGGACGCUGUCAUGACCGACGAGGAGAAGGCCGAGAUGGAGGCUGCCAAGGCCGCCGGCGAGUCUGCGGCUGCGGCCGAGGAUGCUGCCGCCACCCCUGUGGCUGGCGCGUCGGCUUCGGCCUCGGUCCCGGCUUCUGGCGACGACAAGGCCAGCGACCACUCGGUGCCCGCUUCCAGCGGCGCGUCGUUUGCCACUGGCACCACCGCCGCCACUGCGGGCCCAGGCCCCGCAAAGGCCGACGAUGCCAGCAGCACCACCAGUGGCCACCUGAACAAGCACAACCCCAACGUCGCUGCUGCCAACGCUGCCAAGGCCGAGAGCGACAAGAAGGGCAAGCAAAAGCUUUCCCCGGAGCAAAAGGCCAAGCUCGAGGAGCUCGACAACAAGAAGGAGGAGGAGCGCAAGAAGCGCAUCGACGAGCUCACCCAAAAGCUCAUCCAGCGCAUCCGUCCCUUUGUCGAGGCCAAGCACCCUGGUGAUGCCAAUGACCCCGAGACCAAGGCGUUUGAGCAAAAGGUGGCCGUCGAGGCCGAGGACCUCAAGCUCGAGUCGUUUGGUGUGGAGAUUCUUCACACCAUUUCGGGCGUCUACAUCACCCGCGCUGGCAACUUUGUCAAGAGCAAAAAGUUCUUUGGCGGCGGCUUCAUUGGCAGGCUCAAGGAGAAGGGCGGCAUGGUCAAGGAGGGCUGGGGUCUCCUUGGCUCGGCCAUUGGCGUCCAGUCGGCCAUGCAGGAGAUGGAGAGGUUAGAGGCCAAGGGUACCGCCACUCCGGAUGAGAUUGCCGCCCUCGCCGAGGAGCUGUCGGGCAAGAUGCUCCUCACCACGUGGCGCGCCACCCGUUGGGAGAUUCUCAACAUUCUCGGCCCCGUCGUCGACAAUGUCCUGUACGAGCCCGGAAUCUCAAAGGACACGGCCCUGCGACGCGCAAAGGCCAUCCUGACCAUUGGUGGCAUCUUCAAGAACGUCCAGCCCGACGAGGGUGAUGACGAGCGCCGCGAGCUCGAGCGUCUUGUCCAGGAGGCCGCCAACAAGAAGAAGAAGACCAAGAAGGUCUCGCCCAAGGGCACCCCUGCUCCCCCGUCGCCGGCGCCUGUCGAGGCAUAG